GGGCGGGACGCUGUUUGGACCGGGACCGAGUGGGCCGGAGACCGGCAGCUGCGCCUCGGGUUUCGGCUGCACCACCGGCGGGUCGUGAAUCCUUUCGAAGGCAGAGCUGAAGCGACCGGCGGAGAUUCCGUGAGAUGUUUCAGCUGCACGGAGGCGCCCGGCCUUUCCCCGCCGGGGAUCGGGGCCUGUUGUCUGGAGUUGUCUCCCAGACCCGUCCCUUCCUGCUGGGAGACGGGAGCUGCCCCGCAGCGGCUGCCGGUGGAUCUCCGGAGCUCUCACCGCUCCCCUGUGCAAUCCGAACGGCUGAAAACCAAGGGAGAACAAGGGGCAAAGAACGUAUGGACCGAGCAUUUGUCUGAAAGUUAAAUGUUUAAACAUCAUGAAAACAGCACGGCAUCAACAAAACACCAGCUGUGCAGCAGCAAAGGCUCUCUGUGUGGGAACAUUUCAGUCACUGCGCAGCUCGGAAUAAUAUGGGACAGAGAAUAAUACUAAUGGAAGGAAUCAGCGUGAGCUAAGUCACAGAUUGAAAUUCCCAUUCUCACACAGACAGGAAAUCUGUUGGGGAAUUAGAUGGACAGACCAGUUGCCUGCGUCAUGAGCAGUUGGAAGGUUAGAAAUGACAAAAAUUGUGUGCGGGAAUUUUAAACAGAACAACAUGUCAGUUUGCUGUCUCUGCCCAGAUAUUUAAGGAGUUACUAGAUAUUUAACAAUGUAUCACUGUUGAUCCUUGGAGAUGAAGAAUUUUGUCAUCACAGCUGGAAAAGUGCUUUGUGUCUGAAAUGAAGUUUUCUGUUGUAACUCACUGAAAUCCACUGGAACCGGGGAACUGAGAACACACCAGCAUUUGUUCACUGGAGAUCAGUUCUUCAACUACAUUGAUUGUGCAAGGGGUUUACUACAUCUGAUAUUUGACUUAUGAAUUGACAAAGAACUGUGGGAAGGGAUUCACUCUUCACUCACUCAUCUCACCUGCAUGCACAACAGCGAGUUCACACUGAUAAGAUGUCGUUCACCUGCGCUGAUUGUGGGAAGGGAUUCACUCGGUCAUCCUGCCUACUGACACACCAGCGAGUUCACACUGGUGAGAAGCCGUUCACCUGCUCAGACUGUGGGAAGGGAUUCACUCAGUCAUCGCAACUGCGGAGACACCAGUCACUUCACACUGGGGAGAAGCCAUUCGCCUGCUCAGACUGUGGGAAGGGAUUCACUUGGUCAUCUGAACUGAAGAUACAUCAGCGAACUCACACUGGGGAGAGGCCAUUCACCUGUUCAGACUGUGGGAAAGGGUUUAUUCGGUCAUCUCAACUGAAGGUACAUCAGCGAACUCACACUGGGGAGAGACCGUUCACCUGCUCAGUCUGUGGGAAAGGAUUCACUCAGUCUUCUGUACUGAAGGAACAUCAGCGAAUUCACACCACAGAGAGGCCAUUCACCUGCUCAGACUGUGGGAAAGGAUUCACUCAUUCAUCUGUACUGAAGGUGCAUCAGAGAAUUCACACUGGGGAGAGGCCGUUCACCUGCUCAGACUGUGGGAAGAAAUUCACUGACUCAUCCAGGCUACAGGCUCACCAGCGAGUUCAUACUGGAGAGAGGCCGUUCACCUGUUCAGACUGUGGGAAGGCAUUUACUCGGUCAUCUCAAGUGAUGGUACAUCAGCGGAUUCACACUGGGGAGAGGCCAUUUUCCUGCUCUGAAUGUGGGAAGAGAUUUAUUCAUUUAUCUGACCUGCAGGUGCACCAGCGAGUCCACACUGGAGAGAGGCCGUUCACCUGCUCAGACUGUGGGAAGGCAUUUACUCGGUCAGUUGAACUGAAGACACAUCAGCGAAUUCACACUGGGGAGAGGCUGUUCAUCUGCUCAGACUGUGGGAAAGGGUUUAUUCGGUCAUAUCAACUGAAGGUGCAUCAACGAGUCCACACUGGGGAGAGACCGUUCACCUGCUCAGACUGUGGAAGGGGAUUUAUUCAGUCAUCUCAACUGAUGAUACAUCAGCGUAUUCACACUGGGGAGAGACCGUACGCCUGUUCUGAUUGUGGAAAGAGAUUCAGUCAGUCAUCCGACUUACAGACACACCGACGAGUCCACACUGGAGAAAGGCCAUUUUCCUGCUCCCAAUGUGGGAAGAGAUUCUCUCAGUCAUCCCACCUUGUGACGCACUACCGAGUUCACACUGGGGAAACUGUUUAAACAGGCGACAGGCUACAGGCUGGAUAUUUCACCAUCACAGUUGCUGAAUCAAGUUCAAAAGUGACUGUUGGUGCCGAACUCGGCAAUUACUGCUGCUGUUUAACAAACCCAGUUCUGCACUCUGGUCACUGGGCGUGGGAGGUAAUCCUCGGCUAAUGUUCACGUUUAAUGGGACUGGAGUUUAAUGGUUUGGAUCUGUGACGCAGAAAUCAGUUCUAAUUUAAAUCCUGUCCACACCUACAGAAUCUCCUUUCUCUCCCCAGAAUAUCAUCUCUUAUAACUGCCACAAGGCCAAAAUUUACACUUCCCUAUUAAGCUUCAGAGUGGGCAGUGCUGCCGGCCUUUCUGUUGCUUCCAUGCCCCAAUGGAUCAACUCCCCACCCACCGAGCAGUAUCCAACAAGGUGUUCUGCUGAGGAGAAUGCCCACAGGACAGCCCUGCACUGUCUUCCUAAUGACCCUUACCUCUGCUGGUGGUCACGCUUCUCCUGUCCGAAGCUUGUACUCUGGGUGUGGCCAUCUCUUCAGAUGUUUCAUUGAUAGUAUCUUCAGGCUCCCGAAUGAUCCUGAGUACAUCCAACUCCCUGAACCAGUCAGUCCGGCGCUGUGAUUGGGUGCACUUCCUGCAAAUAGUCAUCGGAAAACUGUCCGAUGUCCAGAGUUCCCACAUCUGACUGGAGGAGCAUCCCAUCCUGACUGCUCUGCACCAAAAUACACCACUGUCUGAAUGAAUUAACAUAUGCAAGAAAACAUCGAACGUGAAUGGGUCAAUGACAGUGGAAGUAGAGUGAUCAAUUGUCUGUGUUUUUGCCAUGAGGUCGAAGGAAUAGAGGCUGCCAUUUUGUGAAGCUGCUCUUUAACCCCCAUUUUGUGAACUGAUUGCUGUGGGAUAACCUGAUCAGAUCAACUUUACACAAGAAGUUACUGGUAUUCCCAUUGUAAGCCUGAAAUCACUCUCACAUAAUCUGUGCAUUAUGUACACUAUCAGGUUUGCAGAAGUAAUCUCGUUAUCUCUGAACCUGAAGUCACUCUGAGAUAAGGUGUGUAUUACGUACAGUGGCAGUUCUGCAGAAGGAAUCUCGAUAUUUCUGCUGAGAGUCUGAGCGACACAGUUUGUCUGUUUGGAACCAUAGUGGAGGAGAACAAAAGAAAUUACCUUUGGCAUGAAGUUGUGUAAAUCUGUUAGUCAGCAGCCUGAUGGACUUCAGCCAACAAGAAUGAGAUGCGUCCUCUGAACUGAUAAGAGUUGUUUCAAAUGUUUCAAAUUAGGCUUGUUUCAAAACAAGUAAAGAGUUUCAAAUGCAAAGGUGUGAUAACUCUUGAGACGAACUAUCACAAGGAAGAUCCCCCAAGGAAGGGGCUGGAGAAGAAAUGAUGGAUCAUUUGGAUGCAGUGGGAUCCCCUGUUCCAGUGUUGUGAAUUUGAGAAGUGGUCAGGGUGUGUAUUAGUACAGAGGGAGCAGUGGAAUUCAUGUUUUAAGUUGUUAGCCUGGGGUCAACGUAGUUACUUUGUUGUUUGUGUAGGAAAAAUAAAAUGCGAGCUGUGAUUAAUUACGAUUUGCCUGGUGAGUUUCCGAACUGAUUCCAGUUGAUGAACGGUGAACAUAUUUUCGCGCCCUGGGUGCAAAGGAAAAGAAAGAAAAGUGGUCUGGGACCCUGGUGACGAGUUGAACCACACAGUAGGUUAGGAUAUUAAACUGUGAAAUGGAAAGGACAGGCAGAACCCAGGGAUUCAGAGGAUUUCAGAGAUUACUUUCAUCGUUAAUUAUUAAGGAAAUGGUCAAAUUAUGAGGCCUGCUUAGAAAAGUUUGACAGCCAAGGGUCCGGGACUGUGGAGGAAGAAUUGUGAAAAAUAGUUAGUGAAAAUAAAUUUAAAAAAUUACAAGGGAUUAAAAAUGUUGUAAUGUGAUGUUUGUUGGAUGAUCUAAUUGAAGUAAAGAGAGAAAAAACUGAAAUUGGCAGAGAAAUUGUGUAAGUAUAGGGAAGAGUUAGAAAUUCUGAGGGAGCAGGAUCAGGUGAAUUUGAUCCACAUGAGUCAGUUUCAGGCUCCGUGUGAAGCGUUAAGAAGAGAAAAUGAGAAAACUGAAGAGGAGUAUAAACAGGCGGAUACAGAAUUAGAGAAAUGAAAAGUCAGGGUCGGGAUUUACGGCUGUUACGAAUGUCAUGAAGAAAUCGGCAGCUGAGAAGAAAGGCUGCGCUGAUCGCAAGUGUUUAAACCAGAUGGAAAAUCUGCAAAGUGAACUCUCAGCUCGGAGAGGAGUGAUAUGUGCGAGGACUGACGAUGAUGGUGAUGCAGAUUGGGGUGAUUUAACGUACGAAGAGACGCUUGUAUCACACACCGGGUUGCUCUCUUCAGUCACCUGAUGAGGUAAUCGUAGCCUUUGUCCAGGGGCAGAUAUGGUCAGGUAGUGCCCAACUUUCACAGAGUGUUUCAACCCUUUACCCCUACACUGUACAGCUGGUGGAUCUGAAGUGAGGGCCAAGUCACUGCCCAUCUGUUCCUGACCUCCAGCUCAACCCCUCUCUCCAGCUCCAUACCCAGUCAGGGGCUCUUUCUGCUUCCUCCCCCAUCCUGACAGCUGCUUGCUUCGUGCUUUUUUCAUCAAGGCCCAGCACAGACAGCAACCUCCAUGAUGGCCGUGCCGGGAACCCUCUACAGUCGAUCUCCAUGAGGAACAGCCACGUCUGCCAUCCUUUGUCCCUGCACUCCGGGACUAACAGUCUCAAAGCCAGGAUUAUUGGGGAAGUGGCCCGCCUCCCAGCAGGUUUUUCCCAGAGUGGGUGGAAACUUCAACACCCAGUGCCCCAAUGGCGCCUGUAGUAAUGGAGGGACUGCAGGACACACCAGAGCCGGGGGUGUGGGGCGUGUAUGACACGGUAUUCUGUCCCUUUGACGUGGCCCAAUUGAGUGCUGGAGCUGUGAAUGGGAGAUGAUUCUCGGAAACUUUUCCAGUGCAUUCAGCAGACAGGAUAGCUCAUGGUUUAUAUGAAACGGAGGAGGGGAAGCUAACCCUUCUCUGUCUAACUUCAGCUUUCCCUUCAGCCCUGCCGGAGGAACAGGCACCCGCCCAGGGGACACGGGGUGAUUUACAGAAGACACCAUUAGAAGCUGCUAGACUAAUAGAGGUGACAGUGGAGGUUUUGCAUAACUGCAGACAGUGGAAAGGAAGGAACCUUCUAUAUUUGUGACGAGGUUGUGGCCGGUUUUCUCGAGUGUUUUGGGUCCUAAUUUGGAUACGCAGAAUUUGACUCCGUGACAGAGUAGGAACUGGCCGAGGAACUUGGUAUUGCACAGUACCGAGGAGAGCAGAAGGGUGUGUGAAAUGAUUGAUCCAUUCAAACCCCACACAUGCUGAAGCAUGGGCUCUCAGAAGGAUGAUGCGAAUGAGGGAAAGGGAGUGAGGGAGAAAGGUACUGAGGAGGAUAAGGGGAAACAGGGUUCUAAAACGACCCUAUAACAGAACAAAGUUUGCAGUGACAGAAUGAAGGGAGACGGGGGUGGAUGGCCGAUCAGGAUGAGCUCAACAACGCCACCUAAUGGCUGGGUAGUCAACGACGUGGUUGGAAUAUCGACGUUCCCACUGUUCUGAGUACUGGAUCCACAAAGAAAUGAUGCAAUUCUGGACACGAAGUUUAUUUUGGCAUUGAUUGCCCACAACCCAGGUGGGUUGGGACUUGUCAGCAUGUAACGAUGGCCUAUUGCCCCAAGAAGGUCAACUGUGUUACCUAUAAUAUAAUGCCCAUGGAGCUGAUGAUAAGCCACGACUUGAAUCCAGAGUUACCCAGGGGGUCUCCAAGUUACAUGUGCGUUCACCACAUGGUCGGAUGGUGCAGCUGGACCCCUUGUUGAAACUAAAGUAGGAAUCCGCCCCAUAAAAUUUCUUGCAGAUGAUAAUAAGGUAGAUGGCGUUGUGGAAAGCUUGUUUCAAAGUUUGCAGAAAGUUAGAAGAGUGGGCUGAACGAUGGCAGAUGGAGUUUAAUGCUGAUAAGUGUGAGGUCCUACAUUCUGGUAGGAAUAAUCCAAAUAGGACAUAAAUGAUAAAUGGCAGGACAUUGAGGAAUGCAGUAGAACCAAGGAAUAAUGGUGCAUAGUUCGCUGAAGGUGGAGUCUCAAGUGGAUAGGGUGGUGAAGAAAGCUUUUGGUAUGCUAGCCUUUAUAAAUCAGAGCAUUGAGUAAUGUUAAAAUUGUGCAAUGCAUUAGUAAGGCCGAAUUUGGAGUAUUGUGUACAGUUCUGCUCACCGAAUUAUAGGAAAGAUAUCAACAAAAUAGGCAGAGAACAGAGAAUAUUUACUAGAAUGUUACCUGGGUUUCAGCACCUAAUUUACACGGAAAGGUUGAACAAGUUACGUCUUUAUUCUUUGGAGCAUAAAGGUUUGAGUCGGGACUUGAUAGAGGUAUUUAAAAUUAUGAGGGGGAUAGAUAGAGGUGACGAGGAUAGGCUUUAUCCACUUAGAGUAGGGGAGAUUAAAACAAGAGGACAUGAUUUGAGAGUUAGAGGACAAAAAUUUAAGGGUAACACUAGGGGGUAUUUCUUUACUCAGAGAGUGGUAACUGUGUGGAAUGAGCUUCCUGUAGAAGUAGAAAUAGUAGUAUAUA